AUGACCGAAGCACACGAAAACCCCGACUGCCAAGGCUACACAUCUACCAUCUACAAACUCCCCAGCUCCAGCUUCCCUCCCACAAUCUGCAAAUCGUUCAACGAAGACUGUGUAGCCGAGCACUUUCCCACCGAACUCGAAGCCUACAAACGCUUCGAACAAGCAGCCAAUGGCCCUCCAAGCAGUAUCCUCAAAUUCCACGGUCUGCACUCCACAAUCCCCCAUGGCCUCAUCCUAAGCUACGCCGGAAAUGGCGCCAUGUGGGACUACCGCUGGGGCGAAGCGUCCAGUCGCACGGCUAAGCCAAGUGUGGGUGACUGGGCCGGCGCAUCCAUUGAUGGUGGAGAGUCGCAUUCGAGUUAUCGGUUGCGGUAUAGGUUGCGUGAUGAAGAUGGGGUGGAUCUGGCGAGGAAGGAGGGGGUUACGGUGAGGAGUGGGGUGUUUGCGUUGGGGAGUGUGGUGUAUUUCAUGGUGAUGGGGGAGGAAGUUUGGGUUGAGUUGGAGGAGCCGGAGGGGGAUAAGGAAGUUGUGAGGAUGAUUGCGGCACAGGAGUGGCCUGAUGUGGAAGGGGUGGUGAGGGGGGAUGUGGUGAGGGGGUGUUGGGAGGGACGGUAUAGGAGUACGGAGGAGGUGGGGAGGGCUGUUUGA